AUGGCCUUGGCCUUGUUGUGUAUUUUGAAUAUGCUGGUUGACGAGUCGCAAAAAUUACUAAAUGAACUUAUCACAGAUUUCGGAUGGACUCAUGAGUUUCUUUCGUAUCCAGUCGAAUAUGGAAGAUGCUCCUAUUCACAGAAUCAUUGGGUUCCUGUAAAGUCUCUCACAACACACAAUCAUUAUUGUUCAUUACGUCAACAAGGUUUCGCUAAGGAAGAGAUAGACGCCAUGAUACCCGAUGCUAGUAUAUGUACGACUGAAUGUACUCAACUUACAUCUGAUUGGACAAAUGAUCCAUCUUGGAUUAUGAAUAUGCAGGCAUUUUCCACAGAUAAAUCUCAUCGGUCAUCUAAUAAUUCAUCACAAGAUGUAUCCAAAUUAGAAGUUUUAUCUAUGAUGCGUGAUGCAAAACGACGUCGUCAAAGUUAUCGAGGAAUACAUACCGCAAGAAAAUCAUAUACUGAAGUAUUACGCGAGAUCAUAGCACAACAAACUGAAAUGUUGGCAGCUAGUCAAGAAUUAUCGGAACAACAGUCUGAAGAUAGAAGAUCUAGUAGUGUAGAAUCACUUUCAAAUAAAACGGAAAAUCUUCAUAAAAGUCGCUAUUCACACAAAUACAAAACAUUGAAUACUUCACGAAUACACGGCUAUUCUCCUUCCAAUUCUCCAUCAUCACCAUCAUCAUCAACAACAACUCAACGAAACAAUGAAACUUGUAGAAAAACAUCCAAAUCAACUUUAAAACAUACACAUCAUCAUUCAUCAAAAUGGAAUGAUAGAAGACAAUCAUCACCAUCAUCAUCAUCUAAACAUCGAACUUCUAGUACAGAGAUGAACAAACGUUCUCAUCAUGACAGUGUUGAUAUUCAUGAUAAUGAUGAAGUUGAUUCUCCGGUGCAUAAAAAGUUAAAAAAACAUAAAAAACAUUCUAAACAUAAACACAAACAUAAAAGUAAGAAGUAA